GGCAGGUCAGUCCCCUGAGUGUGGGGAGCCAUGCUUCGUGGCCGAGACCUCAUCCUGGAGGCUCUGGACAACCUGACUGAAGAUGAGUUCAAGAGGUUCAAAAACAAGCUGCGGACGGUGCCGCUGCGGGAGGGCUACUGCCACCUCCCCCGGGGACCUUUGCAGGACCUGGACCGCGUGGACCUUACCGACAAGAUCGUCAGUUACUACCUAGAGGGCUACGGGACGGAGCUGACCCUGCGGGUACUCCAGGACAUCGGCAUGCAGGAGGAGGCUGUCAGACUCCAGCAAGCCGCAGGCUCUGCCUCAACGCCUCACCCAACAGGAAAUGCAGCCCCGCCCACUCAGCAUUCAGCUACAGCAUCCACUCCAUCAGGGAUGCAUUUUGUGGAUAAGCAUCGAGCAAUCCUCAUCAGUGAUGUCACCUUGCUGGAUCCAGUCCUAGACCGGUUGUAUGGGCAAGUUCUGAAGCCAGAGCAAUAUGAGGCAAUCAGGGCUGAGAGCACCAUUCCGAAACAGAUGAGGGUGCUCUACAGCUUCAUGCGAGCUUGGGAUAAUACAUGUAAAGAUCUGUUAUUAGAAGCUCUGAGGGAGACCAACCCUUUCCUAGUGCAAAGGCUGGAGAGGAGCUGAGGGGCCCUUAGAGUUCCCUCGUACUACAGGAUCCCAGGACUCCGCUCUGACCCUAGCACUUCAAUGUCUGGCUCUCAAGGGCCCCACAAACUGCCUUAAAAAGUAAAAUAAAACUAUGAAAACUAA